ACGUUUACGACUUGCCUAAAGAAUACGAGCCAUUGCGUCCUGAAUUUGUGAACAACGUUGACACAAAGAAAAAAAAUCCAGUGAACGGAGAACUAGAACCAUAUCUACCAUUAGGUAUCAUAAUACGACGCCAACUUGGCGCUUGGACAGUUGUUAUUUUCAUGUUACUUGUUGUUGUUUCAAUAUUAGUUGGCAUCGCUGUCUACAGAGCUAGUGUACCUGCCGCUCUUUAUGCUAAUUCUAGCAAAGAUAUCCGUGAAUACGCUGGUGCUUUGACGUCAUUCACAGCAGCCUGUAUCAAUUUUGGGAUCAUAAAAAGUUUGACAUUUGUGUAUAAAAAAAUCGCCGUUUAUUUGACAAACUGGGAGAAUCCAAAAACGGUGUCCGAUUAUCACAAUAACCUCACAUUAAAAAUGUACGUCUUUGAGUUCGUGAAUAAAUACUUUCCACUCGUCAACCUUGCCUUCUUUAAAACCAGUUUGAUCAACGGUAAUCCCUCGAAGUACAACAGAAUCAAUGGCGGACGGAUUGAGGAAUGUAGUGCAGCUGGUUGUUUGAUUGAUGUUUGCAUAUAUCUUUUCGUCUUCAUGACUGGUAAACAAAUUCUGAGCCUGGGAAAUGAAUUUGUCGUACCUUGCCUUAAGAAACGAUGGAGGGAUCGCUCCCGUUCUUUAUACAAGAAUAAAAAGAUACCUCAAUGGGAAGAUGAUUAUUGGUUGGAGGAAGAGCCCGAAUUUCGCAUAUUUUACGAAUAUCUAGAUAUGGUGAUUCAGUUCGGUUUUGUGACAAUGUUUGUUGCCUCGUUCCCAUUGGCGCCUUUAUUUGCCCUAAUCAACAAUUUCGUGGAAAUCCGAGCUGACGCCAUCAAUUUUGUCGUGAAUUAUCGACGUCGUGUCUCAGAGCAAGUUAAAAAUAUCGGAAUCUGGCUUAAAAUCAUGGAAAUACUUACGACAAUAUCUGUUGUCGUAAAUUCGUUUGUCAUCGCCUUUACGACUGAUUUUAUACCAAGGUUUGUGUACGUCCAUUACUACAGCGAAAGUGGUUCUCUCGAAGAUUAUGUAAACAAUUCCCUCAGUUAUAUCAAGAUAUCUGAUUUAGAGAAAGACAGUCAUCCCGAAGAUCCUUACAAAAAUCUGAACUACACACUGCCUUACUGCAGAUUCAAAGAAUAUUUGGAACCAAAUGAACCAUAUAACUUCAGUAAACAGUAUUUCACCGUAAUGAUGUCUCGUUUCAUUUUCAUCGUCGUCUUUCAAUAUGGUAUCUACGUCGUAAGAUAUUUUGUAAGAUGGUUGUUUCCUCAAGUUUCCAGCUCGUUGCAGACAAAGAUUGCACGAAAAAUGCACGUGACCAGAAUGCGCUUUCGCAAAAAUGUGGUUGAAACACUGGGUCUAUAGUAUGCAUUUAUAACAUUUCUCACGGUCGAAUGAAAAAUUGGGAAUUCUAACGACAGUUGUCAUAUUUCACAUCAUGGCUUUGAAUAUGUAUUUUUUUGUCUUAAGACGAUAAAAUGUCAGAAAACACUGGAAAUCAACAAGGUCAUAAAAAAUAUUGUACAAAGACUCCAAAAAUCAUAACAAUUCACCUCCUUGGGGCACACUUUCAUUUUUUUUUGUUUGACCUUCAGUCUGCAGUUGUAAUCAUCUCCAUUCUGACUUCAAUAUAUUUGAAUUAUUUAAUAAAAAACAUAUCCUGCA